AUGUUCACCGGAAAGCCUCAACUUGCAGCAUUGCCUCUCAGACCUAUUAUUAUUGAUGAACCAUUUAAACAGUGGGGUUUAGAUUUCAUAGGGCCAUUGUCACCUACAUUUAGUGCAGGACACACUCAUAUUCUGACUGCUACUGAUUAUUUCAUGAAAUGGGUUGAACCUAUUCUAGUAAGAAAGACUACAUCAGAGGUUGUCUGUAAUUUUUUAAAGGAAAAUAUUUUGGUUCGUUUUGGUGUUCCCCACAAACUUGUGGCUAAUGAUGCAACUAAUUUCUCCUCAACUAAAAUUUCUAUGUUUUGCUAUGAUUAUGCGAUUUCACUUGCUCAUUCCUUAGAUUAUUACGUACAGGGUAAUGGCCAAGCGGAAUCAAGUAAUAAAAACCUAAUAGACAUUUUGAAGAAAUUAGUUAGCGAAAAUUUUAGAGAUUGGUAUAAAAAGUUAUAUGAAGCUCUCUGGGUAGACCGUACCACUCCAAAGAGAGCAAUUGGCAUGUCACCUUUCAAGUUAUUCUAUGGUGUUGGAGCUCAGGUAUCACUUCCUCUGUAA